ACAAACAAACAAACAAGAACCUUAUCACCAAUAUAUAAAUACGCAUAUAAACUAGACAGUUAACACCAAUUUAAUUACAUAUCAUACUUGAUUCAAAAACACAUAUUCAAGUGAAGGUAGUAAAAAUGGGAAAUGUUAUGACUGAAUUAGAGAGAAACUCAAAACAGCAGUCAAGUCGAGCCGAGUAUCAUGAUGCCAAACCUACCCGACACGAUCAUACGCCUGCUACUCCUAAGAAGAGUCUACCUGAAUCUACAUGGGUUGCCAUUAUCAAAGAUAACAAUUUUAUCAAAUCAACUCAGCAGCAAAAAGUUAAUGAGAUAUUGAGUAAAGGAGUGUAUUGGGAUAGCAGAAAAAAGAAAUAUUGGGUGGACGGCAAUGGAAACAACUGCUUCAUGAUUUUUGCCAAUGGUCUCAAGAUUACUUGGUCUGAUAACCCAAAUUAUUGGUACUUACAGAAAAAGAGUGAACUUGGCGACGAAAACAUAACCAUAGCCCAACUAAGGAAUGUAGCCUGGCUAGAAGUGCAUGGAAAAUUUAACACAGAAGACCUCACACAAGGAGUUUGGUACGAAGUUUGGUUUAUAGUGAAGCUCGAGCGCACCUCCUAUGGCUGGGAAGUCCCUGUGAACUUCAAGCUCACUCUUCCCGGCGACAAGUCCCAAAAUUAUAAAUUAAAUAUGAAGGACAUGGACAAGGAAAAAUGGUUUGAGAUUCGAGCAGGAAAAUUUAUGAUAUCCAAAGAUAAUGAAGGAGUAAUUCAGUUUUCUUUAUUUGAGUAUGAUGGUGGGAGCUGGAAGAGAGGGCUAAUCAUUAAAGGUGCCGUAAUUAAGCCUAUGGUUGAUAAAAAUAAUACUAAUAACAACAAUAAUUAAGGUAUAUAUAGAUUUGUUGUGAUUUAAAUCUUUAAUAAUAAUGGUUUAUUUGCAUGCAUGAUCUUGAAACAAUGCUCAGCUCCCAUCUAUUUAUAUAACCUCACUAAUCUUAUAUUGUGAGAUCAGGAUGGAGUUACGUUCGUUAUUGUAUAAUUUCUCAAUAUUUAAGUAUGGUUUUUAAUUUCAUUGUUAUUUGCAUUGCUCAAUAUAUAAUCCGUUUUUUUUA